AUGGAUCGCAGGCUGUUCGUCCCAUGGACUUUGCUGACUUUGCUGUUCAUGGCGCCCUUGGCUUUGUCCAUGCGCACUUCCGAACGGCGCGGCUCUGCAUGGAUGGACAAGCUGAAACCUAAGCUCCACUCACGUGCAAACCGCACCACUUUGCCGAACGUACCGAGGGUGUGGAGGGAUCGCUUUGAGCUGGUGAAGAAGCUUGGCCAAGGCGGCUUUGGUGCGGUCUAUCAGAUGAAAGUCACCUGUGACAGUCUCCUAGCACACCCAUUCUUUUCGGUACUGGAUGGAUCCCAGGCCAAACUUGUGUCCAGAGCGGACGGUAGCUUGAAGACGGAGGUCGAAAGGAUGAAACAGCAUUUUUCGGAGUAUGUGGUGUCCACCAUCGGCGUGCCCGACACUGCGCGUUCACCUGUGGGGGAGUGGGUGAUGAUGCCCUUCCUCAAUGGUGGCAGUUUGAAGGACCUCAUCGCCAAGUGCAGCGACAACGAUGGGUGCGCCACCAUGGAGGAUGAACUUCCCACGGCCAACUGGUCUUCCUGUCACAUGGGUGCCUUGAUUUUUGUCACUGGAUUGAGUCUUUUCAAUUUCAGCUACUCGGCCUCCAACAUCGGAGGGGUCCUACUUUACCUGGACUCCGCUCAUACCGAUUGCUCCCAUGAAGCCAUUUGCCUCCACAGCAGCCUUUGGAAGGGCAUCUUGGUCUCAUCUUGCUUGGUCGGUGCCUUUUUCGGCGCCUUGUUUGCUGGGCCACUGGCAGAUCACUUCGGGCGCCGCACCACGCUCUUGACCAACAAUUUCUUCUUCAUCGUGGGGUCCUUGAGUUCUGCGCUAUCGCCAGGCAUCCAAUGCCUGGUGGUGUCGCGAUGUGUGGUGGGCAUCGGUGUAGGGAUUGCUUCCGCCUUGGUUCACGUCUACAUUGGUGAGGUGGUGCCAGCUGGUCGUCGUGGUGAGCAUGGGGCGAUCCUAGUGAUGAUGGGAACUAGUGGCAUUCUGGUAGCCAACCUGGUUUGCUGGGCCAUUUCAGACUGGCGCUGGGUCUUUGCCUUGGGCGUUGUGCCAGCUUUGCUGCAAGUGAUUUGGGGCUCAGCCAUCAUGCCAGAGUCGAGUUUGUGGUAUCGGCAGCGGCCCAAAAGUCUAGCCAUGGCCCGAAGGUCUUUCCAGGCGGUAGCCCUAGAAGGCAUGGAUUGCGAAAAUCCAGACUGUGAAGAAGCUAUUUUGGAAUCCACUGCCUCAUGGGCAAAUCUGUGGCAAGCCUUCCGUUCGGGAGAAGCGAUCCUUCCACUGACCAUUGGCUGCGGCUUGCACGUUCUAGCACAAGCAUCCGGCAUUAAUGUGAUCAUCUACUACGGCCCAAAGAUGUUUACCUUGGCGGGCUUUCCAAGCUCGACGGCCAUCUUUCUAAGUGCCGGCAUCAGCGCGUGCCAAAUGAUCUCCACCUUGUUGCUGUCCCGCUUGGUCGACAAAGUGGGUAGAAAACCUAUGAGCUACAUUGGUCUAGCCUUCAUGGUGCUUAGUUUGGUGGGGAUCAUGUGGAGCUUUUGGAUGCCAGCCGGACACCGUGCCGGCUGGGUGGCCCUCAUUUCGUGCUUUUCCUUCAGGGUGGCGUUUUCGGUCUCCCUGGGGCCUUUGCCUUACAUCAUCACUGCUGAGGUGUUCCCUGAACACAUCCGUGCGCCUGGUGUCUCCCUGUGCCUAGCAGUGAAGUGGGUGGCCAAUUUCACUAUCGCUUUGAGCUGGCUGCCCUUGUCAGAGUCGAUGACCUUAGCAGGAACCUUUGCAUUGUACACUGCUGUCUGCGUUCUGGCAGCCUUCUUUUUGGCCAUCUAUGUUCCAGAAACAUCUGGAAAGAGUUUGAGCCAGGUGACCAAAGUGGUGUGGAACAAACUGGAGGACAUGAGCAAUGUGCUGCCUACCAAAUGCCUUGGUGCCUGCGACACAAAAGCAGCGCUGCCUCUGGAACGGAAGAUUAUUUUUGGUGACUUGUUGGAUCAACAUGCGCCACAAAAGCAGCCACCUGUUGGGUGGGAGUUGAAUGAACACAAGGUGGUCAAGACAUACGCGGUGCGAGGGAAGGAGAAGAAAGGCACCGGCCGCUUCCAGCUCUUCGAGGACGCGAAAAAGCGCGGCAGAGGUGGGAGGUCGGAAGGAGCCAAGUUGAGGCGACAGAACGCAGUCCGCUUCUUUGAAAAGGUGAAUGCUAAGUUUGCCGAAUGGGGAUCCCAGCUGCAACGCAGCACCUCCGGUGGAUCUGAGGUAGAUGGCGGGGGUACCGAGGGGCCCAAAAAUGAGGGAGAUGACAACGACUUGAAAACCAAGGAGCGCAUGGACUGCCAAUGCUGGAUGAUGCCCAUGGCGAUGCCGAUGGUGAUUGUGAUGGUGAAUGACAGUGAAUCUGCAACUGGUUCGCCGGGUUUUCGGCCGACCAACCGCCGCAUCAUCCAUUGCAACUCAUUCCGACUGGCCAUGCGCCGGGGCGUCCUCUGCCUGGCGAAGAGCCGCCGUGAUGCGGUGGUCAAGGCACAAACUGGCCUCAGUACGUCAAAUGAGAAGAGAGCGCAGUUGCAAAAGUUGGGAACAGGUCUCAGUAGUGAUUUGCAAUCAGCAGCUGCUGCCGUGAAUCGAGGGGUGCUGAAAGGCUCUGCAACUGGCACUGCCUACGCACCGCAGUCGCCCAUUUUGUCCCAGGUCCUUCGCUCACCCAGUGACGUGCCUCCAGUAGUCACACCUGAAAGUGCGCCACCAAUGCGCCAAGCGGAUCAUGCACAUCCUGCGCGUGCCUUACGUUCCUUAGCAGAGUUGAAGCAACUGUCAGUGCGAGAGCUCAAACAGAUGUUGGACGAGCGAGGUGUUGGACACAGUAGCAGGGACAAAGAUGACUUGGCCAAUUGGGUACAUCAACAUCAAGAUCUUCCAAAAGUCACCAGGCCCAACAAGCCGGUUGGGACCUCGCAUUCCUUACAAGAACUGAAGAAAAUGUCAGUCAAGGAACUGAGGGAGAUGCUGGUUUCACGUGGUGUGUCUGAAGGCUCAGCGACUGAGAAGUCAGACUUGGCCACCUGGGUUUGGCAGCACCAACAUUUGCCAGUCCUUUCUGACUGGAAAAGUCGACAAAAGGGCCAAAAACGCUAUGGAUUUGGGCCUGGAGGACAGGGUCGAGAUAGUACUUCUGAGACCAAAGAUGAGCCAGAAGUGGAGAAAAUUGAGGCAAACGAGACCAAGCAAAUUGAAGGAGAUGAAACAAAACUCCUUGAGGGUGCAACCUCUGAAAAGUCAACAUGGCCUUUUCGACUUGCGGUUUUUGCGACCAUUGGAGUUUUAGCAGUUCUUGUUGGUGCAGUGGCAGCCAACGACGCCAUGCAAGUUGAGGACGAAAAUGAUUGCAGAGCGAUAAAGGGGGUGUCACCCGAUGCUUGUGCGCACGGCUUGCAAGUGAAGGAAAUGAAAUGUGCCUUGGAACUGCACCUUACAGCUAUUAUUGAUAUUAAUGUGCCAGUUUGA